GGCCUGGCAGCAAGCGUGCAGCCAAAAUGCAGAUAUUUCUGAAAACGCUGACCGGGAACACAAUCACCCUUGAGGUGGAGCCCAGCGACACAAAUGAAAAUGUCAAGGCAAAGAUUCAAGACAAGGAAGGCAUUCCUCCGGAUCAGCGACGUCUAAUCUUUGCUGGCAAGCAACUGGAGGAUGGGCGCACAUUAUCAGACUACAAUAUCCAGAAAGACUCCACCCGCCACCUGGCUCUGCGCCUUCACGGUGGUAUCAUCCAGCAAUCCCUCCGUCAGCUUGCCCGGAAAUACAAUCAUGAGAAAAUGAUCUGCCGCAAGUGCUAUUGGCAUCUCCAUCCACAUACUGUCAACUGCCGGAAGAAGAAAUGUGGCCAUACCAACAACUUGCGACCCAAGAAGAAGAUCAAGUAAAGUGUGUGAUCUGUUUCU